AUAUUUAAAAAAUUGUUUACAUAAAAUAUUAAUUUGUAACUGUAUUCGUUGCGUAGUGUAUUUUAAGUGAAUUAAAUAAUAAAGCAGUUGGGAAUUGCAGCUGCAAGCAAUAGCACUGCAUUUAGCAGCUGCCUCUUUUUCGUGUUAUUGUAUUGUUGUGUUGUGACAUUCACACACACACACACACCCCUUCACUCAAACUCAGACGAACAUCUUGUGGCUAGUUUGGUGCGGCGCGGCAAAAAAGAUUUCGAUAUUGCAUGUGUGUGUGAUUGUAUGUGUGAGUGAGUAUUAGUCAUUUUGGCCUGGCCUGGUCGUUGGUCUUGGGCCUGGUCUUGGCAGUUGUUGGUUAACCCGCAACAUUUGGAGCGUACCAGCAGCAAUCAACAGAAACAUAAAAGCAAACACAACUAAAAACCAAAAACUCGUCACGCCAAAAUCAGCAAAAGGCAGCAUGACCAUACCAUCAAGACCAGCGCCCGCACCGCCGAUGUCACGUGGUCAAAAUGCAGCAGCCGGUGCGAAUGCGAGUCUGGAGCAGCUGCGUCUGCAGCUGCAGCAGCAGCAUCUGCAGCAACAACAGGCAUCCAAUGGGGGACUGCAGAAGCUGAACAUUAAACUGCCGCCGCCACCGAAGGGUCAAGUGCAGCAAAAUAACUUCCACAAGAAGCCGGCUGGCAGUAACAACAACUACUUUGAUGUAGAGGGCAGCGGGUCUAGCAUAACGCGCAAGUUUCCUCAAGCCCGUUAUACGCCGACUACCAAUUGGAAUGAUGCGCCCUUCGAUGGCGUUUCCUCGACGGUCAAUGGCAACACAAAGAAAAUGCCGCCACCACGACCACCACCGCCCAAAGUUCAGAUAAAUGGCCAAAAACUGGCUAGCUUAAGAACAGGGAACCUUGGCGGUGGUGGUGGUGGUGGUAGUGGCAGUAGCCAUAGCCAUAGCAUCAUAAGCAACAUUUUCCAUCGCAAAAAGUCGACGGCCACGGCAACGGCUGCUGCUUCUAAGGUCGCAGCGCAAAGUCGCGUCUACGGCCUGAGCAGCGGUCAUUCCGUGUCUUCAACAACAACUGCAGCAACUGCAUCGGCGACCGCUACUGCGUCCAGCAACUUCACUAAUAACUCAAACACGUACGAUUGGAAUGCAGCCUGGAAUACGGAGAGUACAACAACUACUACGAUGAAAAGCUCGACUAGCAGUCAUCGUGAGACGACGGAGGCGCAGCUGAUCAGCUUUGAUUCGCCGCCUUCAUCGCCCACUUUUACACAGAAGUCAAACAGCGACUGCGUCAGCGUCGACAGCUUCAGUUCGGAUAGCAAUUUCAGUUCACCCAACAAUGGCAGUGUCUCGCAGCCGGAGAGCGGUUUCGAAGAUGACUAUCACUCGCGGUCACGGCCCGCCACACAAAGUCCUUUGGUGGAUCCAUGGGAGGCGGUGGACAGCAGCAUCUACAGCGGCGGUGUCGAUAGUUUCGGUACAGCACCCGUGCGUCAAAUGCACCCACAGCUUUCAGCACGGACCUCGGACAAUCCACUGUGCAACGGCAAGAGUCUUGUUCCUCCCGCACAGUCGCUGACCAUGCCCACCAUCAUUAAGCCGAAGAUAUCGCAGAAGCCCAAGGCACCCAAGCCGCCACCAUUCAUUGGCCAGCCACCAGCGUUUGCCUAUGGCGGCUAUAGCACACCGCCGUCGCCACCCAUGCCAAAGGGCGCCCCACCGACUCUUCCGGCGGCCGGUACCUCUUCUGCUUCUGGCAACAUCUCACUGCUGGAUGUUAUAUCAGGCAAAGUGGAUGCUCUGGCCUUGAGCAAUGGUAGCUCUGGCUACGUGGAUGAGCUCGAGGUGCCAUAUGCAAUUGCGCUCUAUGAUUUCGAUGGCGUUGAGGAGGGCGAUCUUAGUUUCAGAGAAAAUGAGAAGAUCUAUCUGGUGGACCAGCCCACAGAGGAAUGGUUUCGCGGACGUUCACGUACCGGCUGUGAGGGCCUAUUUCCUGUGAAUUAUGUGGAAAUUAAGGUGCCAUUGGGCGGUAAUGCUGCAGCACGUGCAACUCACGCUCACUCCCAACCACAAGAGCAGCCACAGCACCAGCAACAGCAGCAGCUGUCCACUGCGCGUUGUCUGUACAAUUUUCCUGGCGAGGUUGAGGGAGAUCUCACUUUAAGAGAAAAUGAGGUGGUAAACAUUCUUUAUCGUAUUAACGAGGAUUGGCUUUAUGGGGAGGUGAAUGGACGGCAGGGCCAAUUUCCGGCUAAUUUCCUAGAAUAUGUCCCCGAUAAUAUACCCACGCUGUGAAAACCUAUUUGCAAAAAUAUCAAUAAGAAGCAGGAAAUAGAAACUAUAUUUAAAUUAUACAUAGAAUAUAUAUCGAUAAGGAAGAAACAGCAAAUAUCGUUGGAACUGAAA